AUGUUCACGGCUCCCUGGGAAAGUGAUGUGUCAAAUGCUGCCCUGGCAAAGACGUUAUCCCGAGUCAACACAACCGACUUUGUCGCCUAUGACCCCAAAUUCUUCAACAUCAUUGGACCUAGCGCCACAAUCGAGCAUUAUCUUUUGGAUGUCGAUUCCAACAAGCUGAAGAAGAUUGUCCCGGACCCGCCCACCGUCAACGCGCAUGGCUGUGUGCACUACGACGGGAAGCUGCACGUCGUCACGGAUGGUAGCCGAGACAACGAGACGGGAGCGUUGGUGCAGAUUGAUCCACACUCCCUCAAGAAGAAGGUCUUGCUCAAUAAUUUCUUCGUCCAGCCCUUUGCGGGCUUCAAUGACCAGGAGAUGGAUCGCGCAGGCAACUUCUGGCUCACGGACUCCAGGUCGGCUGCAGAUGGAUUCGAGACAGCUUAUGUUGGACGAGAGGUUGUCGACCUUGUCCCGCCUACCAAUCCCUCGAUUUAUUUCGUCGAAGCUCACACUAUGCGCGCCAAAGUCGUAUGGACCACGACUGGCAAUGCCAACGGUGUCGCCGUCGUCCCAGAUAGCCGUACCAUCUAUGUCCCCGACACAGGAGUAUCGAAAUUCCGACCCUCAAAGAAGAAUCCAUACGGGAACCGUCAGCUAAGGGCCUUCACGGUCUCGAAGUCCGGCUCGGUACUCCCAAACCAGCGGAUACUGGGGAGCCCCAUUUCGUACUUUUACGAUGGAAUCCGCGCAUCACGAGAGGAAUGGUUGUUUGCGGGAUCCGGAAAUGCCGUCGAUGUCAUUGACCCCGAGACCGGGCUUAUUUUGGGAUCCAUCGGCGUUGGAGGAGGCGAGAAUGUGGCGGCUAGUGUGGCCUUUGGUCGUAAUGAGCUGUGGAUUGUCGGGAGAGGGGGGGGGGGCGUGUGGCACGAUAAGAACUUGAAGGCACGGUUGCAGCGCGACUGGUGA